GGGCCUGGGGAUCAAGGACGUCAGCCACGAUGUCCACCUUGUCAUAAACAUGAUCAUGUUUCCCUGCUUCAUGGCCGCCAUCACCUGGUGCUGCCGCUGCACCUACCGGAAGGAGCUCGACACGUGGUUCCGAGUGGCGAGGCUCCUCGUCCCGCACAUUGCGGGCUUCAGUGGCUUUGUGCUGAGCGACAACAUUCUCAGCGCGGUGGUCGAGCACGUCCACCGGCAGGAGGUCCCCUCCGCCAUCUUCGUCGCGACGCUCCUCGGCCUGCUGCUCUCCAUCCGUCUGCUCUGCUGGGCGAUGCAGCGCUGGCGGCACCGCUCCUGGUACCAGGACUGCCUCGAGCGCGAGGACCCCGGGGAGGACCAGGACCCGGGGAUCCUGCGAACGAGCAGCUCAGCGAGGUGGAAUCACAGGAACGCCCUCGAGCAGUGCACCGAGGCGAUCGAAGAAGGCGAGGACGACGUCACGGCAUUCGUCAUGAGCGGCGCUCUGUAUGGCUUCAUCCGCUACCACAUCCUUAGCAUGCGCAGCGUUGGGUGCCGCGAGGAUGCUGCGACGUUCGAGAUGGUCCCGCACAAGCUGCCAGAGAGCUGCGUCCACAUCGAGGUUGCCAAAGCCUGGGUGUUGUGCACCGUCCCAGUCGUGGCCGCCAUGAUCGUCACGACCUGCAAGUGCUGGAACAGGCUCCCCCUCGUCGACCGGGCGGCCCAGUGCCUGAGCAUGACCUUCGGCAUGCUGGCCUGCAGGCUCAUCCUGGGGCUGACUGUCCACGCCUUCUACUGGUACACGGAGUCGAAGGUCGCGGUCUACAUGGGCACGGCCAUCUUCACCACGACGCUGGCCAUCCUGCUGACCUUCUCGCUCGACUUCCUGGCGGACCGCCUGGAGGACACCGGGCCCGAGGACGUGCUGGCGCCGCCGCAGGCGCGCCAGCCGGGGCCUCUUGCAGCGUGCUGGGCCGCCCAGAUGGGGCUCUGA